AAAGUAAUGAGUUCACAUACACAAACUCUUCAAAUCUAUACGUUUUAAUAAAACGAAUGCGGCUGCGAGCAGGGAAGCAUCGGAUCCCGGCAUUCACAAUUUUCGGAACGGCACAUGCAAUGUGGUAUACCGGACCUUGUUCGUUCCAGGCGUUUUGGAGCUCUUACGAUGAACAUGCCGCCAACCUGUUCACCUUUGGAAGACACACGAGCCUGUGAUUACAGUUUCUCGCGCACGAUGCUGCGGCAUCAGCCAUGACGACGGCGUGCGCAUCUGGACCGAACAGACAGGCUCGCAGACAGACUACGCUAGAAAACCUUCCCAGGGAAACAAUUUUUUUUUUUUUUUUUUUUUAUCACGAUCAGCCGUCGACAAGAUCACAGAUACUUGACGCAAGACGUACCGGCUGGCCUGGACGGAUAGAUGGGCAUAGAAACGACAGGAAAGCCAUUCUGGGCAAAGGUUGGGGAAGGAGGCAAGGAGCGGAGAGCGGUUCAUUCUCAUGGCUGUGGGUUGGUUGGUGGCGUCCGUCCAUUGGUAGGACAGGACAGGAUGGAUAGAGCGGCGAGACAUACAGAGAGAGCAUUCAUCCAGCUCUUUAUGUGUGUUGCCCCAUCCCAAAAAUUAGUACUUUUUAAUUAUACCAGAAGACAUGGCAUUACUGCGUUCUCCCAAGAGGGUGACGCUCCCUUC